AUGACUAAAGGACCUAAAAGGAUUAAAGGGACUAAAAGCACCACAAGUACUGAAGAUGAAGAAGAUGGUUCACGUGAUCGUCAACAACUAGUAGUGAACCUGUUCUUGAAUGAUUAUUUACCAACACAUUCUGGAACUGAAAUUCUCGAAAAUAAAUCCCAUGACAAUUUUAGUGAUGAUCAAGCUAAUGAAUAUGAAAUUUAUGUUGAAGAUUUUAUUGAUCAAAUGGAUGCAAAUAAUAAUAAUCGAACAAUUUCACUUUAUUCUGGUAGUCCAAUAUCUGUUCAUGAUGCAUGUGUACGAUUAGUGAAAUUAACACGUUUAUUACAUCUCGACAAAAAAUGUGGUGAAGUUUUAACAACAUCAAAUGAAGAAAAAUGUUCAGUUACUUGUGUUCUUAAUGGACAACACCGGUUCUACAUUGAUGUUGCUGAAUUAACAAUUAUGAAUAUUGAAUAUGAAAUAAAACGUGUAGCUGAACGCUAUAUUAAUCUUAUUAAUUAA